CCUCGCGCACAGGAAAACCAAGACAGUUUUCGUGAUUGCCACUGUCGGGGCGUUUGCCAUCAACUUCCUUUUGAUCUUGGGUAUGAUGAGACCCACAAUCGCCGGCAUGUUUGUCUAUCUUGGACCGGCCCUGCUCGUGGUCGGCAUGUUGGCAGAAGCAGCCCUCUUUUUCUCCCAGACCAUCUACUUGGGCGGUUGCGUGAAUCUUGGAUCAGCUGCGGUCUUGGUGCUUGUGGUGUAUCUUCUUCGACACCGCUUCGAGCUAGCCAAGAUGUGUCUCAUGACCGCUGCAGAGAUCAUCAAGCACAACUUCUCCAUCAUUAUGGUCACAUUCACCGUUCUGAUCAUACAGCUUGCCCUGGUCAUCCUAAAUAUCUUUGCAACACUCGGCGUGUUCCUCCGUUUUCAGCCGGCGCAUCAGGAGUGCGGUGAAGGUGUAUACUGCUCCGCGGCUGUGACAGUGGCAGGGUGCGUCUUCACGAUCUUCGCCCAAAUAUGGCUCUCAUCUGUCAUUUCGAACCUGAUGAUCGUAGCUCUGGCGGGUGGGCCUUUCAGCUCGGAUUAUUUCCAUCCCCGGAGCCAAGAAACUGGCACUGGCCUCAGACUGGGAUCCUGGGAUGCAUUCAGUCAAGCAGUCAAGCACUCUACCGGUGCAGCUGCCUUUGGCGCCUUCCUCGUUGGCUUCAUUCAUUUCGUUCACAGCGUCGUCAAUGGCUUAUGUCAUAUGCACGGAAACAUUGGCGCCGAGUGCCUAGCCUGCUGCUGUCGGAUCAUACUUGGAUGGCUCUUGGCCAUUCUAGAUUGGCUGGUGUCAAUGUUUAACAAAUAUGUCUACAAUCGGUGAGCAGUAUUCGAAGCGCUACCAGAUGGAGAAGAAGAACAAGGGGCGCCAAACACACUGUCCAGAUGGUCUGCCGGAGACCUACGAAAAAUGAGCUGCAAGAUGGCAAGGGGGAAUCAGCGACGCAAAAGCUAAAACGAUACGCGCAGUGUCACGGCAUCGCUGUCCUCGUAAAUGACGACCUAUCAGCAACUGCUUUAUCCCUCGCUUGCUUGGCAAGCGGCGCUAUCAGCGCUGCAAUUGCAUUAGCUUGCGUCUAUG